UGGUUACGGAGAAAUUCUGUCACUCCGCUUGACGAUAGCUAUCGCGACAAUCGCAAGAAACUAUUCCAAGCACGCGAGGAAUUUAAACCCAAGGGUUGCAUUUACUGUGGGAACCCGGGACAUAAGGCAGUUCAGUGUGACCAAAUAACUGAAGUGUCCGAGCGCAAACGGAUUCUGGCGAGAAAGGGCCUGUGUUUCAACUGCGCGACAAAACCCCAUCCCGCAGCCGUAUGUUCUAAAAAGUCGUCUUGUACCAUUUGCAACAAACGCCAUCACACCACUAUAUGCGAUCAAGUUAAGACUAAGAGCGAUGACAGUCUCGAUAAUGAUAACAAACAGACCGAGAAAGGGCCUGACAAGAAGUUGAUGAGGGAUGGUGCAAGUGGCGAAGGCAUUUUUCCUAUAGUGGUUGUAAAGGUUAACGGGAUUACCUGCCGCGCUUUGAUCGAUUCUGGCGGUAGUAGUUCUUACGCGUCUGCGAAGCUGAUAAACCUACUCAACGCAAAGCCAAGCGAGAUAAAACGUCACCGUAUAGACAUGUUGAUGAGUUCGUGUUCAUCACUAAUGGAAUCUUAUGACGUGAACAUUCGUGCUAGGGAUGAUAGUUAUGAUAUGUGA